GGGAACCAGCCCCCGUACCUGCGCCGCGCAUCCGGACCUGCCCCGCGUCCCUUUUUUUUUUUUCUCGUGCGUUUUCUUCGGUUUCUCUGGUUCGCUGGUGCAAGCUGCGACCUGCAUUGGCCCGCUUUCCGUCUGCUUAUUGGGGUCAACCUUGAAAAAAAGCAGAGAGGGAAAGCACAAUCGAAUCGAUAAUUAUCCUAUCAGCAGGCUCAACGUAACGGGUUAUUACACGAUAUACGCCUGACCCCACAGCGGCUAUGAGUAGAAAGAAUAGUAGCAGACGGACCCCUCACGGACUACAGGUGAGGUACCUGCUACCUGGACCUCCUAGCCAACCUACCUGCAGUGGGAUAGGCCAGAGGUAAGAGGUAGGUAUGCGCAACUCACGAUCCGCGGCUUAUCGCUGCUGUCCGUAACAACUACAGACGACUUCCACCCGCUCCCUAGCGUUGUCGUUUGCUACCUCCUGCCUGCUUGCCAAGGCUGGUAGCCGGGGAGCCAAUGACGGCACACGGUCUGGUCGAUAAAGAUUUUUUUUUUCUUGCCAAUCAGAUUACAUUUCUCGAUCCCAGAUUCUCUAUCCUCGCAUACAAAUAUCGGAGGUUGCUGCUGUGUUGGCCCCUCGCCUCUCAGACAUCGUUACGGGCCAGGAGCCGGCCUUCGAACAAUAACACCGCCGCAAUGACGGACAAUCUCGAUAAAUCCGAGGUAGCCACGGCUAUGUACGAAGAGCUCGUGGAGCUCGAGAGGGAAUUCGAGGACGUCGAGGCGGAAAUCAUUCGCCAGCAAGUUGCCCUGACCAAGAAGCUUUAUGAAAAGAGGGCGACGCUGGUCGCCAAGAUCCCCAACUUCUGGCCCUUAGUCUUGGAGCAGGCGCCGCCCGACAUUGACCAGUACAUCCACCCCGCCGACUCCGCCGUGCUCCUAUCUUCCCUCACCUCUAUCUCGGUAUCUCACUUCGAGAUCGAUGGCGGCAAGGGCGACCCCCGCAGCGUGGCCAUCAAGAUGGAGUUUGCCGAGAACGAGUGGUUCGAAGACAAGGUCCUCGAGAAGAAGUUCUGGUAUCGCCUUUCCAAGGAUGUCGAGGCCGGCCUUGUCAGCGAGCCCGUCCCCAUCAAGUGGAAGGAGGGCAAGGACCUGACUCACGGCAUGCUGGACCUCGUUGUGAAGAUCUGGGAGCAGGACAAGAAGCGGGCCAACCGCGACAGCACCAAGAUCAAGAAGGAGGCAGACUACACGCCCGACGAGAAGGCGCUGAAGGAGAAGAUCGAAGCCACCGGUAUCGGUGCCGUUUCCUUCUUCGGUUGGUUUGGAUACCGGGGCCUCGACGUGUCCGCGGAGGAGAGCCGUCUCGCGACGGAAGAGGACCGAAAGAAGCGUGCCGACAGAGCCGCCGGCAAGGUCCCGGAACCCAAGAACGAGCCACAGGGGGCUGACGAAGGCGACGAGGACGAGGAUGACGACCCUCUGGCCCUCGAGGUCUUCCCCGACGGCGAUGAACUCGCUCUCGCCAUCAGCGAGGACCUCUGGCCGAACGCCCUCAAGUACUUUACGAACGCUCAGGAAGCCGACUAUAGUGACGUGGACUUUGAGGACGGAGACGAUGAGGAUGAUGAAGAGAUGGCUGACGACGACAACGACGACGAUGAAGAGAAGCCCAAGGGCAGCAAUGCCGUGCCUCCGGCUAAGAAGCGGAAGGCUUAAACUUUCCGAUGCGAAAGGAUAAAGGAAAGCCCAUAUCUCGCGGCCGUGGCCGUUGUUUGCGGAUACGUGGGCAUAAUAGCGAUACGAAGGAUUGGACUCCCCUUGUCCCUUAGUAGGCGAUGACGAUAGCGAUGCCUUAGAGGUCACAAAUGCCUGUGUCUUAUGUAUACGAUACCACCCCUAAAAGUUAUUUCAUUUUUUUAUUCCACUCGGCUCAUCGGCCUAGUGGCAGUAGACGACGGGUGGAAAUUGAUAGAGAAGAAUUAUCUAGUGCGUGUCUCACACGGAAGCAUGAGCUAGUUGCCGAACCGAGUAAAUGGCAACUCGUCGCACCUGAUACACGAAUCUCGAUAAGGGCGUUUGAAACCGCCUGGCUCUGUGGUCCUGCUCCUGCAA